ACGUUUGUAGUCAUCCGUCAUUUGCAGGCGUGUGUGAGGUUAAAAUCGGCAAGUUCUUUCAUUUGGUUUAUUUCUCAGCGUUGUGAUUCCGAAAAAUCUGUGAACAAAAAUGGCUUUAUCUGUACCAAAAGCUCCAGGAGUUGCGCAAAUGAUGAAGGAGGGCGCCCGGAUGUACAGUGGUCUGGAGGAAGCUGUCUACCGAAACAUCACUGCCUGUAAAGAAUUUGCGCAGACGAUGCGUUCCGCUUACGGCCCUAAUGGCAUGAAUAAGAUGGUCAUUAAUCACAUUGACAAACAAUUUGUAACAAGUGAUGCUGGAACUAUCAUGCAGGAAUUGGAUGUGGAGCAUCCUGCUGCUAAACUGAUGGUUAUGGGCAGCCAAAUGCAGGACGCCGAGGUGGGUGACGGUACCAAUUUCGUAGUUAUCUUUGCGGGCGCACUACUCGAAGCUGCCGAGGAGUUGCUACGCCUAGGCAUCACAACAUCUGAAAUUGCCGAUGGUUAUGAGAAAGCUUUGGAAAAAGCCUUAGAAAUUCUUCCCAAACUGGUUUGUCAUGAAAUUAAAGACUAUCGCGAUGUGGGCAAAGUCUCAGAAUGCCUUAAAGCAACAAUUAUGUCAAAACAAUAUGGACAGGAAGAAUUUCUAACCGAAUUAGUAGCGCGCGCCUGUGUUGCUAUACUUCCCGACCAAGGUACCUUUAAUGUGGAUAACAUUCGUGUUUGCAAAAUUCUGGGCAGUGGUCUAAACAGAUCCGAAGUCGUGCAUGGCAUGGUGUUCAAACGAUUUGUUGAAGGUGAUGUCACAUUUGCAGAGAAAGCCAAGGUAGCUGUGUUCUCAUGCCCUAUUGAUAUCAUACAGACAGAAACCAAAGGCACAGUAUUGAUCAAGUCUGCUGAUGAGUUAAUGAACUUUUCUGCUGGCGAAGAGAAUUUACUUGAGUCUCAAAUUAAAGCCCUUGCCGAUGCUGGUAUUAAGGUAGUCGUAUGUGGAGGUAAAGUAGGUGACAUGGCCUUGCAUUUUCUCAAUAAAUACAAUUUGAUGGCUGUGCGUUUGAACUCCAAAUUCGAUAUCCGUCGUCUGAGUCGCACAGUCAACGCCACUGUGUUACCUCGCAUCACAACACCUACCAACGAAGAGUUGGGCUACUGCGAUAAGGUGUGUGUUGAAGAGUUAGGUGGCACAACUGUUGUGGUUUUUAGGAACGAGAGCAAAGAUGCGCGUAUUUCUACCAUUGUCAUACGUGGUGCCACAGACAACUUCAUGGAUGACAUUGAGCGUGCUGUGGACGAUGGUGUAAAUAACUUCAAAUGCUUGACACGUGACGGUCGUUAUGUGCCCGGUGCUGGUGCCACCGAAAUCGAGUUGGCUUCCGAACUGGCUGUCUACGCCGAUACCUUACCCGGUUUGGAACAGUAUGCUGUACGUAAAUUCGCCACUGCUUUGGAAGUAUUCCCUAAGGCUUUAGCAGAAAACUCUGGCGUUAAUGGUACUGAUGUUGUGAAUGCCCUGUAUCUAGCACACAAAAAAUCGAGUGGAAAGAAUAUUGGUUUCAAUAUUGAGACUGAGAAAGCUGAUACCAUCGAUGUAGCAAAAUCGCAAAUCUACGAUCUAUUCCAAGCAAAAUAUUGGGGAUUGAAAUACGCUGUAGGUGCGGCCACAACAAUUCUGAAAGUCGAUCAAAUUAUUAUGGCAAAGCGUGCUGGUGGACCAAAGCCAAGGCAAAAUGCGGGCAGCGAUGACGAAAGUUAGAUUGUAAGCGAAGGCAGCGAUGCUGGAGUAUAUUUGCAUUAAUUUCUUAUGUAUUACCAUUUCUCAUAUUAAAAAGUAAUUUACUAAGUUAUCUGCUACUUACUCACAUUGGAAA